CGCAGUGCAUUCAGGGACAGCAGAUACCAGAGAAACACAGAUUGCGCAAGAUGUCGGUCGUUUGUCUAUCGUCUUUGGGUCGCUGUAGUACGGUGGCAUUCCGUUCUUCCACUGGAAUGGUGGCGGUUCGGUACUCCCAGACAGCGGCGGCCACAGCACCCCAGCCCAGAGUCAAGAAGUUCCAGGUGUACCGCUGGGACCCAGACACGGUGGGGGAUAAGCCCCGCAUGCAGACCUUUGAGAUUGAUCUCAACACCUGUGGCCCCAUGGUAUUGGACGCCCUCAUCAAGAUAAAGAAUGAGAUGGACGGCACUCUGACCUUCCGUCGCUCCUGCAGAGAGGGUAUCUGUGGAUCCUGUGCAAUGAACAUCAAUGGAGGCAACACACUGGCCUGUCUGAACAAGAUUGACACCAACACCAGCAAGGCUACCAAGAUCUACCCUCUGCCACACAUGUAUGUGGUCAAAGAUCUGGUCCCUGACAUGAGUAAUUUCUAUGCUCAGUACAAGUCAAUCGAGCCCUACCUGAAGAAGAAGGAUGAGACAAAUGAGGGAAAGGAACAGUACCAUCAGACUGUGGAGGACAGACAAAAACUGGACGGGCUGUAUGAAUGUAUUCUGUGUGCGUGCUGCAGCACCAGCUGCCCCAGCUACUGGUGGAAUGGAGACAAGUACCUGGGACCUGCUGUCCUUAUGCAGGCCUACCGUUGGAUGAUCGACUCAAGAGACGAGUUCACAGAGGAGCGUCUCUCCAAGCUGCAGGAUCCUUUCUCUCUCUACCGCUGUCACACCAUCAUGAACUGCACUAAAACCUGCCCCAAGGGCCUGAACCCAGGGAAGGCGAUUGCAGAGAUUAAGAAGAUGAUGGCCACUUACAAGGAGAAGAAAUCAGCUGUUGCUUGAACUCUGGGGUCAUGACCCUUGACCCCCCGACCCUCCCUUUACAUUAAUCUACAAUUAAGAUGCCCUACCAGUGAGGUCUACUGGGCCUGCACACUUGUGAACUUCACCAACUCCACACUCCAGCACUACAUCUCUCGAGUCGAUCAUCCAACAGUAGGUCUGGGGCAGCAGGGUAGACUAGUGAGGUGUUGGGCUAGUAACCGAAAGGUUGCAAGUUCAAAUCCCAGCGCUGACAAGGUACAAUUCUGUUCUGCCCCUGAACAAGACAGUUAACUCACUGUCAUUGAAAAUAAGAAUUUGUUCUGAACUGACCUAGUUAAAUAAAGGUAUAAUAAAAAAAAUAAAAAAAUUGGACUCCAAGGGAACAGUUGGGAGAGAUGUGAGACAUGACCUGCUAACUUCACUAGAAUGAUGGUUCAUUCCCAUUGUUUGGUCUGGUGUGGGUGGGUUUGAGUUCAGAGGGUGAUGGAUUCACAGACAAGAAAUAUCUGUUGCUCAUCCAUCAUAACUAUAUACAGUUGAAGUCGGAAGUUAAUACACCUUAUACAUUUAAACUCCGUUUUCACAAUUCCUGACAUUUAAUCCUAGUAAAAAUUCCCUGUCUUUGGUUCAGUUAGGAUCACCACUUUAU